CAUCAUGCAUGUAGAUACUCUUCUAGAAUUCCAAAAAUUGGACCCUUUACCUUAUGACACUAGCCAAAUUUCUCAAAAGAAUUACAUCGGCCGGAUCUAUUAGGCUUAUUUUGCAUGAAAUCGUUAGUUUUGCAUUUGACCAUUUUUCAAAACACCCUAAAAUUUAAAAGCUCGGAUCAUGGCUGUGUUUAAUGUUUAUGUUUAAUGAUCAUAUCAUAAGCUCUGUUUUUAAUGCAAGCGUGGGUAUACAAAUUCAGAAACUUUCGUUUUUCUUUUUUUCUUCUUUUCCUUUCUUCUUAAACUCGUUUUAAACUUUCCAUCUCAAAAAAGACAUCAACACCCUUUCUCUUUAUUGCAGCAGAAACAGAACCCAGUUCAAUAAAGCUUUUUGGUAAGAAAAUUUUAAGGAAAAAAAAAAGAUAUUUGAAAAAUUGUAUAGAAAAAAAAGUGGCACAGAAUCUGAAAUUCUGACACUUUCACCACGAAUAAUGAUUCUCUUUUGAAAACAUGACUCAAAUGUUUUCUUUACCUCUUUCUCUGAAUCGAGUUCGUACUUAAAGUAUCCUCCUUUAUCUUCCGUUGACUGAUUCUACUCCUUUUUUCUCAACUUUCUCUGAUUUGCUCGUGUGUUCACUUCAAUUCCUCAGUUCUUGUGUAGAAAGAUAGUUUCAUGUAAUCAAAACUGGGGCUUUACUAAUUUUAAGCCAUGGACGAGUUUGCCGCAAAGAAGAAGGAUUUGGUCAAUACGCCUGUGGAUUUGUAUCCUCCGGAGAAUCCAAUGUCGGGUCCUUCUCAGAUGAUGGAUUCAUUCAGAGAAACUCUUUGGAACGAUGGUGGUUUCAAUGUCCACACAGAUGCAGGCACUUCCUUUAGAGGUAAUAAUAAUACUGAUCAUAGACCUCUUGAAAUAGGUUGGAACAUGGCUCAGUUCCCUGCAGAUUCAGGAUUCAUAGAGCGUGCUGCAAAGUUUUCUUUUUUUGGAUGUGGGAGUUUAAGUGAAAUGGUGAUGAACCAACAACAAUCAUCUCUUGGAGUUCCAGAAUCAGCUGGCUUGUUUCUUCAAGAUACAAUGAUUCCUAGUGGAUCCAAACUAGAUAAUGGUUCUCUUAAGGAUGCAUCUAAGUUGGUGAAAGACAGAUCGAUUAAUGUAUCAGAGGAUUCUCAAUCUAGUGGAUGUAAUGGUCAUGAUGAUGCUAAAUGUGGGGUAACGUCUUCCAAGGGGUUUAACAGUAAGAAGAGGAAAAGAAUUGGGAAGGAUUGUGAAGGAGAAGAAGAUAAAAUGCAGAAGGAUGAGCAAAGUUCAAAUUCAAAUGUUAACAAGACAAACAGUGAGAAACAAGCUUCUGAUUCUUUAAAGGAUGGGUAUAUUCACAUGAGGGCACGGAGAGGCCAGGCUACAAAUAGUCACAGUCUUGCAGAAAGAGUAAGGAGAGAAAAAAUCAGUGAAAGGAUGAAGUUCUUGCAAGAUCUUGUACCGGGUUGCGACAAGGUGACUGGGAAGGCAGUUAUGCUCGACGAAAUUAUUAACUAUGUGCAAUCACUUCAAUGCCAGAUCGAGUUUUUAUCGAUGAAACUUUCAGCUGUGAAUCCUGUGCUCGAUUUUAACCUCGAAAGCCUCCUUGCAAAAGAUGCUCUUCAAUCAUCUGCACCGACAUUUCCCCAAAACAUGUCGAUGCUUUAUCCUCCUCUAUCAUAUCUCUCUCAAACAGGAUUCAUGGAACCCAACCGUUCCUCAAUGUCGCUAUUGAAUGGGGGAUUAAAACGGCAGGAAACACAUGGAUACGAAAGUGAUCACCACAAUGUUGUCCACAUGAACCAUGAAACGGGCACUGCACCUGAUCAUGAAGACGCAACAGCCGACAAGAAGGUGGAGCCGUAGAUGGUUCUUCUUCACUUUGUACUCAGCUGUAGCUGCGGUCGAGAAUUUUAUUAACUUUGAACAGAAGAAUGAAAAACAAACAGAGGAGGAAGCAGAUCUUGUCUUUCUAAUAUUAACAGCUCCGGGAGAAAGAGUCGAGAGUAAGAAUCAACAAUGUUGUGUACUGAAUAGCUACUGUCUGCUUCUUUUGUGUACAUAUAAAUCCAUGUAGGGAAGAGAAAUGUUGAUGUAAUAUGACUGACCAUCACAAUCUUCAAAAGGAUCAAGAUUUGCUAUGUACUUAAGCUUUUUAGCUC